GUCUCCGUUGCCUCCGUCACCUCCGUCACCUCCGUCACCCCGGAGUACCGGUUAUCGUCAAUCCCUUCCGUCACUUCUCACACUUUUGGUGAGAAACGUUUGCUGGACAAGGGGCUCAGCUGAUGUAACCCUACCUCACGACUGAGCUGCAAACACCUGCAGAACCCCCCUCCACCCCAAAAUACAACCAACACAACACACACGCGCGCGCGCACCCCCAUACUCGCACACUCACACUACCCUCACCACCAGCACAAUGACAUCACCGGACGCCACCCCCGAACCCCAGCCCGCGGCUAUCAACUACGUCGCAGGCUUCCUCCUCGUGGGCCUCGCCUGGGGCUUCACGACCCCCUUCAUCCGCCGCGCCGCCAAGGACCACAACCCGCCGCCGCACCCGGUCCUCGAGUCCGACGCCGUCCGCCGGAGCUGGCUCCGCAGCCGCAUCUAUGGCGCCUUCUUCGGCGUCCUCGACCUUCUGCGCAAUCCGCGCUACGCCGUGCCGCUGCUCAUCAACCUGACGGGCAGCGUCUGGUUCUUCCUGCUCAUCGGGCAGGCCGAAUUGAGUUUGACGGUGCCCAUCGUCAACACACUGGCCUUCCUCUUCACCGUCAUCGGCGACUGGUGGGUCGAGAGCAAAGUGAUUAGUCGACAAACCCUGGUCGGAAUGGUGUUGUCCCUUUCUGGGAUAGCGUUAUGUGUGCACAGCAAGACGAGGUAAACGCCCCUCUAGAUUUUCCAUCUGACUGGCGAGAAGACUUUAGUCAGGGGCGGCGGCACAGUUUCGGAUGCAUGUCAGGAUGCAUGAGGCUUAGGGCGCGCAUGUCUCGGAUACGAUGCAUUGUACAUAAGUUGGGGAAAUGGGCCAGUGGAUGGCCAUUCAAAAUAUAUCUUGAUAUAGAUGUACACAAUGUGAAGCGAACAAAGUCUCUUCGCCGGGCAGCUCCAAUCCUCAUGUGCUUCUUCCGCUGCCUGUGUCUCCUUUGAUUUCUCCU